AUGGCAGCAAGACCAGCUCGGUCCGGCCCGGCCCGGCCCGCGGGCCCAGCUUGCUCUUGUAGUCCCCGAGCUGCCUUUGCCGCUGCCGGGAGCCAAUGGCCCGCCGAGCUCUCGCCGCCGCUACCGCGCCCCCCUUCAGCGCUCCAUCACUGGCCGAAGCGCGCAGCCCUGCAAGGAGCCACAGGGCUAAAUGUGCAACAGGGGCCCAAGUUGCUGCAGGUGAGGAAGGACAGACAGGUGACCUUGACCUGUCAGGUGCUGCAGCUUCAGGCCUGGGAGCAGCUUCAUGUCAAGUGGACCAAGGCUGGUGUUGCCUUCUGCCCACCCUGUGUCACCAACAGCAACCUCAGCCUGGAGAUCCGUGGGCCCCAGGGAUGGCUCUUCUGGUGGCCGCCUGGCAUUCUCACCCUGCAGCUGGACUGCGUGAGCCUCAACAACAGUGGAAACUACUUGUGCUGGACAACCACGGAGACUGCUGAGUUGGUGGAGGCCAAGGGCAGUGGAACACAGCUCCUCUUGGAGACAGGUAUGAGAACAAGUCAGGAGAAGAGGCAGGGACUUGGACCCCAGCCCCAGCCCUGGCCCAGUCACCCCAUUUCUACAGGCAGAAUCUCUCCCGGCCCAGGCUCUUCUAGGUAUCUAAGAUCAGGAGGGUUCCUUGAACCUGAAAGAGGAGUCAGAACCCCUGGAGGCAGAGAGGAAGGACCCUCCAGCACCUACAUCAAGAUGACUGGGUCAGGUGUGCUCUCCCUCCCGGGAGCACGCCCGCAUGCCUUUCCCUUCCUGCUCUCCUUCCCCCACAGGCGUGCAUCUCCUAAACACAGGGGGCCCCACAAGACUUGCAACCAGGGGAGCGAUGGGCAGCAGCAGCUCAUCCUGGGCUAACGCCUCAGCCUGUCUCCACAGUCCCCUUUUCUCAGACUUCUCAGUGAGCCAAAGCAGCCCCACCUGGGCUCUCUUGUUGCUCCUUCUGUCCGAAGCCCUCCCCUGUGUCAGUAUCCCCAGCUUUAACAGAGGUACUCUCAAAAUGAAGAAAAAAAGAUAUGACUGGUUCCAGGGGUAUCAGAGAGUCCAAUGGCCGACCCUGAGAACCCUGUCCUCAUUUCUUUGACUAUGGACCUCUCCCUGGCCCCCAGGACACCCCAUAAAGGCUCAUGAAGAAAGUAAAGCCAGACUUAGUGGCAAUUUGGGGGUGCUAAAGACACUUGAGGGGUUACCUGGGGUCCCAGGGCCCUCAGGGAUGGCUGGAGAGGUCCACUGUGGUGAGGGGGCUAUGACAACUCAUCAGCUCCCCUCUCUUAUCCUUGGAGGGACAUGUCCGAUUAGCAGAGAAGGGAUGUCCCCAGCCUCCAAGUAGUGCCCUCAGCUGGAAGCCCUAUCCCCAGCUGGCGUCUCCCUGGACGCAGGCUCAGA